CUGAGAAGAUGACGGUGCUAGUUUUAAGUGUUUUAUUUUUAUUAAAUUUUGGAGAUAUUAGUGCUGCAAGAAUAUUAGCGGUGUUUCCAACACCCUCAAUUAGUCACCAAGUUGUAUUUCGACCGUUGACCGUUGAGCUAGCGAGACGAGGUCAUGAGGUCACUGUUGUCACCGCUGACCCCGCUUACCCGCCAGGACAAGCUCCGAAAAACCUAACAGAAAUAGAUGUCCAUGAUUUAUCCUAUAAAUUAUGGAAAGAUGAAUUUCCAAUUCAAUCCGUUGGUUCAAAAGAAGACAUAUAUGCACAAGUAACAAAAAUAUUUUCUAUAACUUUCAAGCUUAUUAUGUCUCAAAUAGAAACAAAAGAAGUACAAGAUAUUAUUAAAACGAAGAAAUUCGACUUGUUGCUGCUAGAAGCUUAUACGAAACCAGCAUUGGUGUACUCACAUUUCUUCAAAGUACCAGUAAUACAAGUCAGUUCGUUUGGUGGUUUAAAAUUUAACUAUAGAACUGUUGGUGCGUGUACACAUCCUAUGUUAUAUCCAACACAAGUACACCAAAAGCUCUACAAUCUAACUAAUUGGGAUAAAUUGCAACAGCUAUACAUUCAUUGGUGGUUUGAAAAUUUCCAGUGGAAAGUGGAACGAGAACAGGACGAAAUACUGAAAUCUAAAUUCGGUUCUGAUUUUCCGUCGUUAUAUGAAUUAUCUAAUAAUGUGGACAUGCUUUUUUUAAAUGUGAACCCAAUUUGGGUGGAUAAUCAACCAGUGCCAACAAAUGUUGUUUAUAUGGGAGGAAUACAUAUGACAGAACCUAAAGAAUUACCACAGGAUCUUCAGUCGUUUUUGGAUUCAUCAAAAAAUGGUGUUAUUUACUUUAGUUUGGGAACGAAUGUUACGCCUUCUGUUUUGCCUCCGGCAAUAAUACAAAUGCUUGUAAAGAUAUUUUCACAACUACCUUACAACGUUUUGUGGAAGUGGGAUAAGGACGAGUUGCCCGGACAGACAAAAAAUAUAAAAAUAUUCAAGUGGCUGCCACAAACAGAUCUACUAAAACACCCAAAUGUAAAGUUAUUUAUAACUCAAGGCGGUCUGCAAUCUACAGAUGAAGCCAUAAAUGCUGGAGUACCACUCAUAGGUAUACCGAUGCUAGCAGAUCAAUGGUAUAAUGUACAGAAGUACCUUCAUUUUGAAAUUGGAGUCCAGCUUGAUUUCACAUCUGUUACCGAAGAUGAGUUCAGAAAUGCCAUUUUAACUGUUGCGAGUGACAAAAGGUAUCGCGAGAAUAUAAUAAGGUUACGUACCCUUAUAAAUGAUCAGCCCCAGUCGCCAUUGGAGCGGGUCGUCUGGUGGACGGAACACUUGUUACGUCACGGAGGAGCUAAGCAUUUACGAGCAGCUGGCGCGAAUAUAUCGUGGGUAGACUAUUUGGAACUCGAAUUAGUGUUAAUUGUAUUAUCAACAUUAAUUUUUGUAUUAAUAAUUAUAACUGUAUUUAUUACUAUGUUAUGGAAAUUUUUAAUGAAAUACUUUAGGACUGAUAUCAAACGAAAAGUUUCAUAGAUCUUAAUUUUUUUUUUUGUAUUUUCUAAGUUUCUAUCGAUUUUAGUUAUAUAACUCGUAUUAUAUAUUAAAAUAUUCAUAAUCUUAACUGUGAUUAUGCUGAAACUUAUUAAAACCGA